GGGCAGAUGAGAGCUUGCGCAGCGAGAGGGAUCUUUCCGUUGGGGUCCCCGCCGCUGGGGCCUCCUUUCUUCUCUUCGGACGGUCCGUGUGCUUACCAGGCCUCUCCCAUCGAGUGGAAGGGCCGACAAGGCUGUUUACACAUUGGAUCAUGUCGAGAAGAGCGACUCCGAUAGACUGGUCCAGAUGGCGGAGAGGCGGUUCGAGGUGGAGGAGGAGGAGGAGGACCAGGAGGACUCAGGUCGCCCACAGUGCACCGGGCACCGCAUCGCCGACGCGUCGGCGAUGUGGCUCGAUGUGGAGCCCCGUUGUGGUCACGCCGACGCAUCGCCGGUGCGGCGCGGCUCUUCGACCGAGUCUGUGCGGACCUCCUCGGGGGCGGCCCCCCCGCGGGGGCGCAGAGGGAGGGCGGCCCGACUCGCCGCCCCGUGCGCGGUGUGCUCUCCCCCGUGGCCAUGGUCUGCGGCGGCCCGGGCAGGCUCUGCGGCAGCGCCGGGGCAGCUGGCUGCCUGGCAGCCCUGGCAGCGUGGCGGGCCCACGUACGCCGCAAGCACAGGCCGCGGAGGAUAUGCGCGAGGGAGUACCAGGAGUGGGAGAGGCUCGUCGUCAGCGAGUUCUACAGGAGGGAGAAGGGGACCACCGAGGUACCCAAGCCUGGGUUUCCCGCCUCGGUGCUCAAGGAGAAGGUCAUCGCUGUGGUGCUCGCUGGGGAAGCACGCGAGGUGGACGCUGUGGCUAAGUCGAUCACGGGCCUUCUUCCGAGCAAGAGCGUCAUCAUGUUAUAUCACAUUGGGAAGGGCAAGAAAGAUGGAGUUGGAUAUGGCUUCAGCGAGGGCAAAAGAGAAAUGAUGUAUCCUGCGAUCGACGCCGGUGGACUGACCAACUGUAGGCAAAAGAUUGGGGAUACGGUUGAGUUUGAGUCUGAAGAGGUGCGCGUCAGGGUUGGAGACCAGUCGAGGGACGUAGCCAACCAAUUGUUUUCGUCGUGGAACGCGGUUGCACCGAAGAAGUUGCCCGACAGGUUGAAGCAUGAGUUCAUUCAAGUCAUUUUGUCGAUACAGAAAGCGUUCCCAGAGGGUGCCGUGUUGCGGUUUUUGAGGCUUCCCGUGGAGCAUCGCGUGCUGGUCACAUCCCAGGAUGUGAAGGAAAAGACCGGGAAGUAUUAUGUCCGGCUGUUUGGUCAGGGUCAUGAGGCACAUGCCGAAGAGUCGGACGGAGUCGGCUUGUUUGCAGGCGUCUCAGAGAAGUACGUAAAUCCCAACAUCAAUUUGAGCAAUCUCGAAUUAGAGUACACGACGUACGGUGGUCCUUGACGUGCCUCGAGUCGCGGCACACGUUGACGACGACGUGCAUUUGAGAGCGAUCGGACUUGAAGGGCUUCGCCCCCUGCCGGCCCCUCUCAGAUUGUUUACAUGGCCACGCUUGGUCGGUGGGUCGGUUGGUUGGCUUAUCCCUUGGCUGGCUGGAAACUCGGCUGAUUGGCUUGUUAUCAAAAUUGAUGGUUGCCAGUUGAUUCUGGCUGUUCGUCGGCUGGCCGGUUGCGCGCGUCGUGGCUUCGGGUCGUGCGCCAAGUGUUCCCGAGACAGCGGGGGAACCAAUUACUCCGACGGUAGGACCCCACAUGAGAAUCUGUUUAGCUUACCCUUUGCCCUU